AUGGUGGCUGCUGAAGCUUCUUUAUCUAAUGCCUCUACCCUUGCUCAUAUUUUCCAACAUUUUGAAACACUGUCUGGUUUACAGGUUAGCAAACAAAAGAGUAGCAUUAUUUUUUCUCGAGCUGUUAGGAGGAAGCAAGGGAGAGCAGAGCAUAUCAGGACAGUGGUCACUCCUACAUUCCAUUAUUGGUGUUACAUCUAUAACCUUCCUAUAUCUAUUAUCAAUUCGAUUCAAAAGAUGUGCAGGGAUUUUCUUUGGGGCAGUAAGGAUUACAGUAGGAAAAUGCAUCUAAUGAACUGGGAUAUGAUUUCUAGACCAAAGGCUGAAGGGGGCUUGGGAGUGAGAAAGUUGCUUGAUGUUCAAAUGGCUUCAAAGUGUGUUUUGGCUUGGGAUUAUCUCACAAGCAAAGAUAGACUUUGGGUGUCUUGGUUUCAAAAAAAAUAUGCAGCUCAAAUAUCUUACUGGAAUGUUUUACCUCGAUAUUCUUCUUCAACUAUCUGGAAAGCAGUUGUGGCGGUAAGGGACAUUAUGCUUCAACAUACAAAUUUUAUCGUUGGUAGUGGUACCUCAAUUUCUACAUUCUUGGACCCUUGGUGUGAUAAAUUAACAGUUGUUCAAAGAUUUGGCCAGAGAGUUGUUAGGAGUUUACAUCUCAAUAGAAGGUCUUCUUUGGAUAGUUUGCUAUUGAAUGGUUCUCUUUCAAAAGGGCUUGGAAUUGUUGUAGAAGUAUUAAUGAGGAAGUUACCUGGCAUCAUUUUUGUUGGGGGAAGUCCAGACAAAGGUGUUGAUGUUGCCGGUUUGUUGAUUUGGUUUCACAAUUUGAAUCACCAGGCUCCAAUUAGAAUUAACUUAUUACCUGCUAUAAUUUGGGGUUUAUGGCAAGAGAGAAAUUCUAGGCUUCAUGAUGGGCCACGAAAUUUACCAGAAGCAUUGGCUAGACAGAUGCUGCUUGAGACUCUGGAUCUCAAUAAGUUAGGAAUUCAUGAUCUUAUUUUUUAG